AUGAAUAAGCAUAUUGCUUAUAAUUUCGUAUUAAUAUUUAUAAUAAUUAAAUAUGUUAAAUCACAAGACAAUAAUCCUGAACAGCCAGCAGAUGAAAAAGAAGAAGGUGAUGAGGACAACUUUGAUGUUUUAGAUCUAGAUAAAAUAAUUGCGGAACGAAUUAGUCGUUUUGAUGAUCCUCGAUACCAACCAGAUUAUCAACAAAUAACAGAAUCUCAAUAUCUACCACAGAUGUUGAUUCAACCCCAACAAUAUGAUCAAUUGCCAUCACAACAACAACUUCAUUAUGUACAGGAAUUAUUAGAACCUGAACAAUAUGGACAAUAUCAACCAUAUCAAACUCAGACAUCGCAACCUCUGACCCAACCACAACAAUAUGAUCAAUAUCAACCUUACGUACCACCACAACCUCAACCCACUCAACCAAGCUAUCAGUAUUAUGGACCUAGUCAACCCGCUCAACCAACUUAUCAGUAUUAUAUAACACCAAGUCAACCUACUCAACAACCAACUUAUCAGUAUUAUGGAGUUAGUCAACCAACUCAAGAAUUUUAUCAAACAUAUCUGCCUACACAACCUCAAACAGAAGUAUCUCAGCCUCCUCAACCACAACCACAACCUGAACCUGAACCACAACCUAUAGCUCAAGAGUUUCAACAACCAGAAGACGAUGAUAAUUUCUACGUGACAGAACACGAUCAACAGCAUCAAGGACCUUCUGCAACUGAUCCUGGGUUUUUAUAUGGACCAACUCAACCAACUACUCAACCAAUAACACAAGAAUCUACACAUUAUGUACCUCCUCAAACUCAAGAUCAGGUAGCUCAACAACCAACUGAAUCAGUUAAAAGAAAAAGAACUCAAGAUAGUGAGGAUCAAGGUGAAGGAGAAGAAGAGGAUGAAGAAGUGUCUGCAAAAAGAAAAAAACCGUUACUUAAAUUAUAUGAUAUCAAACUUUUAAAAAACGAUUCUGAUGGAAUGCUUGUAGAAAUGACUGAAGAAGACUAUCUUAUUAUAUUUAGUGAUAGAGCUAAAACAAAAUUAAAAUUCAAAGCAGAUCUUGAGCAGAUAGAAUGUGAAGGUGAUAUUAUCUACGUCCAUUCACAUGGAACACCAUAUUGUUCAGGAUUAGCUAUUAGUAGAUAUACUAAAAUUUUUAUCCUUGCUAGCAUUGAUGAGUUCAUAUUAAUUAAGAAAACUCGUGGAUCUUGGGAAACGACUCAAAAAACUAUUCCAGAUUACGUAAAUAUCUAUACACAAGAUGAUGAAGGCAAUGAUGUUUUAUUAACUAAUGAUGAUUAUGAUAUUAGUUUUACUUCAAGAUCAUCCUUCAGAUACGAAUUAGUCCCAGGCAUAGAAUGUCAUAAAAUUGAAGUUGGUGAUCUAGUUGCAUGGGAGAAAACUGAGGAAGAUGAUGGGCAUCCUGAAUUGAUUUAUGUAUCACCAAAAUUGACUGUAAUUGUUAACUUUCAUCGAUAUAGCAAAGUUUUCUUAAGAAGGAUUAGUAGAUAUCAACUACAAUAUACUAAACCUAUUAGUAAAAAUAGUAAAUAUACCUGA